GUAUUUUUGUACUGUGUGACGCGUGUGGAGAGAGAGAGACACACACAAACAAACAAACACACACACAUGGAAAGUUGGUUUCUUAGAUAACGACACCUGAACGGAAGAAUGACAAAAUGACAGCCCGAAUAGAUCAAAAUGUGAUAUUUUGUAUUCCAGGAGAACGACUUGGUAGUACAGAGCAGUAUAAUUCAGGAGAAGGUACCUUCAUCAGACAGGGUUACAUUUGCUCCAGUCGUGCAGGCCACAAAAUAAUCAAACCAGCUGAAAAAAAGCCAAGUAUUCAUAUUUUACUACAUCUACAGCAAAAUGUUAUUCCAGAAGUUAAUUCAAUAGUGACAGCUAAGGUUACGAAUGUGAAUCCCAAGUUUUGUCGUUGUGCUAUUCUUAGUGUUGGUGAUAAAAAACUGCAGACAACAUUCCAUGGAGUCCUUAGAAAAGAAGACAUUCGAGCUACAGAGAAAGACCGAGUAGAAAUGUACAAAUCAUUUAGAUCCGGUGAUAUAAUAUUAGCAAAAGUGCUUUCUCUUGGAGAUUCUAAAUCCUACCUGUUAUCAACAUCUGCAAAUGAACUUGGCGUAGUGCUAGCACACAGUGAAGCAGGAGCAACUAUGGUACCAAUCAGCUGGUGUGAAAUGCAGUGUCCAAAAAGUCAUGUCAAGGAGUUUCGAAAAGUUGCAAAAGUACAAGCUGAACAUAUAGCAAUAUCAUAGAGAUAUGACAAUACUGUAAAACAAAAUAAUCUGGUUUGAAAAACGAAUAGAGAGAUUGAUUGAGAUCGGUAAAUCUUGAUGGUCUAUUCUAGUUUUACUGUACUGUGAUUUAUUGGAAAAUGUGUAUCCCUACAUCUUACUAUUUCUCAUAUUGUCUAUUUAAGAUGAUGGUUUAGUACUUUUUAGCUAUUACUGACACAGGUUUGAGCUCAUCUUCAGAUAUUAAUUUUAUGCAAAAUGCUUUUUUUAUUUUAGCGUUUAUACAGCGCCUUUUGCCCUGGUCAUUGGAUGCCGAUCAAUCACACACAACGUGCAACCUCCUCCGCUCCCGCCAAAUAAAGACCUACUUUUUGGGACCAGGGUGGUCUUUAGCGGCUUUGGUUUCUAUUUAGAAUUCCUCUAAUUAUAAUAAAAACUUUAUUUAAAACAACGGUAAACAAUUGAUCACCUCCAUGGUGUUUUUCAUCAAUGCCGUAAGAAUUAAAAGACAAGCACUGAAAGAGGUCUUUAAAUAUCACUAUUUAGAUAGAGGGAAGUUAAGAAAUGAUAUAGUUAAAAUAUAAGAUUUUUUAAAUUUUAAGUGUAUACAAAUGGAUUUAUAGUUACUGUGUUCUGUUAUUGAUUCUUAAUAAACCAUUUCUCGGUAGCCACCCACCAA